CAAUGCAAACUUUCAGUCACAGUUUCAGCGUUAAGAACGCUAAUUCGCGAUAAAGUUGAUAUAUCCACAAGUAAAUUAAAUAUAAUUAAGUGUAUUGUAGCUGACAAUAUCUCAAAGGCCGACAUGCGUUCAUAAUAUAAAAGAAAAACAGUUGCUCGUUGAUAGCAGCAGCAGCCGUAGUAACAACAACAAUUCCAGCUCGAUAGCGGAUAGUCUGCUGGAGUCUUCGUCUGUGUUUUUGAGUUCUUUGUGUGUGCACUUUUCCGCAUCGAAUUUCAAGUCAAAAUGCGCUUGGAACUUUGACGUCAUCAACAACAACAAAAGAAACAAGAGCAGCAGGCAGCAGAGAACUUUGCCCUGUCCUCGCCUCGACCAACAACAACAACACAAACGACAAUCGGAAAUUUGCUGCUGAGGUGAAAGUUUUUUGUAAUCAUAAGAUUAUCAAGUGAUUGUUAUUGAAAAUGGAACGCUGGCUGUCUGCUCAUGGAUGUGAGGAGGAUGCAAUGGCCGCACCUUCUGUCUGCCCAGCGGCAGCUGCCGUUGCGGCCGCCUUGCCCUCCGCCCAACGCGUCCACGGCGAUAUCAGUGCAAAUCGACUCUGGACGUUUCGUGUGCUGAUGAACGAGGAGAUCUCAGCUUGCGAGCAGCUGGCCAUUGUGGGCAGUUGCGAGGCGCUGGGCAAUUGGCAGCAUAGCGGGGCGGUUUUAAUGAGCCGACAGGAAUCGCAGGAGGAGGAAGACGAGGGCCACGUGUGGAUGGCUCAGGUGUAUAUACCACAGCAUUGUGCCACAAAUUAUCGGUAUAUGGUCUGCGGCGUGGAUGCCGCAUCGGAGCAGCUACUGGUGCGACGCUGGGAGGUGCAGCUGCAACCGAGGUGCAUUGAGGAGCAAGAUGAGCAGUCGACAGAGUGCCAGGACACGUUUGGCUAUGUCAAUGGCAAGCACAAAGUGGAUCGCGGCUGGCUGACCAAAGAAUCGCUGGUGCAGCUGAAGUUCUUUUAUGCGCCCUUCACCUGGAAACAACGCAUGAAACGACGUCUGGUGCACGUCAAGGUGACGCCCAUGAAUUUGCGCAUACCCGUCAACGGUUGUGCUGAUGUGGCGCCCGGAUCAUCGCUUGAGGAUUCGCUAUCGAAUGACACGCACGACACUCGUGAGAAUGGCAACGAUAGCACAGCUUUUGCCUUCAGCGAGGUGGUCACCCUGAGCGCAAAUGAAUGCGAACUGCGCCCUCAGGAGCAGUUCGGUGUAGCGUGUACAGCCAGCGAUUUGGUUAUCUUUCAUCUGACCGUUGCCGACCUGGAGAAUACGGCUUAUCUGGUUGAUUUGUACAGUUAUAGCUCGAAAGUGGCAAGAGAAGAUGGCCCGCCGUUGCACCUGGGCUAUCAUUAUGUGUUGCCCAACUUGUUUAAGCGCUCCGAGGGCAAUCUUGAGCUACCCAUUACUUGCGCCAAGGGCCAUCGUCCGCUGGGCAUGAUGCGGCUGGGCUAUCUGAUAGUCCGACCCUCGUCCCACAGCGCCCACAUGGACAUGCGCGUGAGCUAUGCUCGAUAUUGGAACAAUAAGUGGACCGGCCUGGACGUGGGCCAUCGCGGCUCCGGCACCAGCUUUAAGGCCAAAGAUGCAGUUAUCCGGGAGAACACAAUCACAUCGCUAAAGAAUGCCGCCGAACAUGGCGCCGACAUGGUGGAGUUCGAUGUGCAACUUAGUAAGGAUCUUGUGCCGGUUGUAUAUCAUGAUUUCAUGAUAUAUGUAUCGCUGAAAAGCAAGUGCAGCAUGCAGGAGCAUGAUUUCCUCUCGCUGCCCAUGCGCGAAUUGACGCUGGAGCAGCUAAGGAAACUGAAAGUCUAUCACACGGCCGAAGGGCUGUCACGUGAGACGCGAUCCUUUCAAAACGAGGAUCAGCUGGAGCAUCAGCCGUUCCCGCAGUUGGCGGAUGUGCUAGAUGCGUUAGAUGAGCACAUAGGAUUUAAUAUAGAAAUCAAGUGGUCGCAACGUCUGCAAGACGGUCGCAUGGAGGAGGAGUUUGAGCAUGUGGUCGAUCGCAAUCUCUACAUCGAUUGCAUUCUGGAUGUGGUGCUGCGCAAAGCGGCCAGCCGGCGGAUUGUAUUCAGCUGUUUUGAUCCAGACAUAUGCACCAUGUUGCGCUACAAGCAGAAUCGUUAUCCGGUCAUGUUCCUAACGCUUGGACACACCUCCAAGUACGAGAAGUAUAUGGACCCGCGUGGUAAUUCCAUGGAGACAGCGGUAUGGCAUGCGGUUGCCAUGCAGCUGUUGGGCAUUGUAGCGCACACGGAGGACUUGUUGCGAGAUCCCAGCCAGGUAAAUCUGGCUAAGGAGCGUGGCCUCGUGCUUUUCUGCUGGGGCGAUGACAACAAUUCCAAAGACACCAUAAAGCUGCUUAAGGAAUUGGGUCUGCAUGCCAUUAUUUAUGACAAAAUGGAUGUCCUAACCACCAAGGAGGUCAAGCAAAGCGUUUUCUUGCUGCAGGCCAAGGACAGCCAAAAGGAGAUGCUCAAAUUGCAGGCACUCGAAAUGGGCCACGUCUGGCAUACCACUGCCUCGGGCAGCGAGGAGCAGCAGGCCUGAACUUUGCAUAGCUUUAGCUUAAAUCAUUAACCGCAAUCCGAGACAGCUGAUUGAAAGAUGUUUAUUUAUAUAUUUUCUGUGGAUCAGUCUGUUAUCAAUGGAAACUCUCCAAUUACAUAAAUAUUGCAAACACACGUGCAUGCAAACACACACACACACACGUACUCAUUUUCUCGUCUAGCCAAUUUGCAUUUGCAUUUUCUAGUAAAUUUUAAUUGUUUUUCUAAGUUGCCUACUCAAAACUUUUUCCUAUGGUAUCAAAUUGUUUUUGUUCUUCUAUGCACUGAUUAACGCUUGUUAUUACAGUCCACUCUAUAUUCCAAUUUUUACGUCUUCUAUCUUUUAUUGAAUGCAACAGCGAAAAAUUGAUUUACAAUAAAAUAAAUGAUAAAAUAAUUCGUAUUUCGAUUUAUAUUUGGCAGAGUAUACUUCAAACUGCGGUAUUAUUAAAUGCAAUUAAUUUUAAUAGUAAGGCUCAACAAAGUUUAAAUUUGUUUAAACUAAAUCGCCUUAAGAUAUCGAACAAUUCAAUAUGUAAAAUCUCUUUAAACUGAAAAAUCAGAUCAAAAUGUUCGAUACAAGUACCAUGAGCUCCGAAAGCAAAUAAAUGUUCAGGUAAAUAUCGGACAGAUAGUUCUAAGAAUUAAACAGCAAAAAAUCCCGGCCUAUUAAGAAUUGCUUGAUAAUAUUUGACUAGUUCUUGUGAAUUAAACUUUUGAAGAUAAAUGCCUCGCCUGAAUUUAGAACACUUUUUUUUCUCUUAAAUGCUGUAAAGAGAAUAAGCCAAAAUUCAAUAAUAAGUUAUUAAGAUCAUUCUUCAGACAUGAAAAAGCUAUGCAGCAAGAAUUUCAUAAAGCUUGCAAUUUAAAAACACCUUUGAAGAAAAUACUAAACUAUAAAAAACACGAAAAUAUUCGUUAAAAUAUAGUUAUUUUAAAUAUUUUAUGAAACUUAUUUGACUCUAAAAUGCUAAAAUACAACUCAUAGAUCCAAAAGAGAAUCCAAACUUCUAAUUCACAAAUACAAACUAUGAGAGCUUACAUAUAUAUAAGGAAAUUAAAGGAACCAAAAAGCUGAAUUUCCCGAAAUGUUACCACAAGUUGCCCAGGCGCAGUCCAAAUAAUAAAAAUGACUUGUAAACUUAAAAGUUUUUUUUAACUAU